UUAAGGAAGUGUUUAUUUUUUGACACGAGACGACCUUGUCGUGAGAUUUGCCAUUAGAGUUCUUUAUCGGAACGAUAAUGUUGUGGCAGUCGGUUUCUAUGGUAUCCAAGUGACCUGGUCAAUUUUACCCACGUGGUCAGUUAAAACCGAUAUGCCCGCGUUUAAAAAAAAAAAAAAAUCAAGACUCGAGCUUUCUCUCAAGAUUCCAAUUUAACAUUUAGUUGCUUUUCCCUUCUGUGCUCGAUUUAACAUCUAAGAUUAUCGCGUAAUACACGCCAGACGCUUUAUAUAUUCAAAGAAGGAGGUCAACGCCGUCGACUACUCACCUGUCAUGCGAUAAUCAAACAACAAUGUCCUCUUUUCAUUGUUUCUUUUCUUCUUCUUCUUCUCUUUUUUUUUGGGUUUUUUAAGCGCUGACCCAAUUUAGAUGCCACUGUGGAUGAGGGAAGCGAUGAUACUGUUCAAAGGAUGGUAUCGAGGAUGCCUGUUGGUGUUGAUCUAAUCAGACCACGGUGCCAUAGACGGGCAUGGACACUAAGACUCCGUUGAUUCCGCAGAAACAGCAUCCGGAGAGAUCACGUCCAAAAAAGCAGGAACGCGCAGCCGAUGUGUCCUUGCCCCCAUUGACACCGUUUCCCAAUCAUCGUCCGAGAGCAAAAACCUCAUGGAAUUCUAGUCCGCCCAAGUCGCAUCCCCUGGGAUUUCAAGACUCCCUCAAGAGAAGACCCUACAAAGUCCUUCAAAUCGGAGCAACACCUCUUAUGCAUGCAUGUCAACAGGGCGACAGAACGCGUGUUUUAAAACUCUUAAAAGAGCAAAGUGAGACAAUUGGUUAUCGAGAUCGUACCUUGAGAAGUGCUCUUCAUUAUUGCAUGGAUGCUGGAACUGGUGGUGCCGUCGCAUCGGCGGCACCCGAAUUGGUCAAUCAUCCCGACUCUGAAGGACAUACGCCUUUACAUCUCGCUGUUAUUGCUGGCGAUACACAAUUGGUCGCUGUUCUUUUGGCGAACGGUGCAGACGUUAACGCCAAAGACUUCGAGGGGCACAGCGUUCUCCACUGGGCAACUGUUUGCGGAGAAGCAGAAUGUGUGCGAUUGGUUCUGGCGGCUGGAGCAAGACCAUCAACUCCGGAUUUAAGAGGAGGAUCUCCUCUUCAUUAUGCUGCCCAGUGUUGUGGAGCUGCAGUAACUGCUGAGCUUUCAGUUCCGAAAAAAGUUGGCCUCAAGGUUCUUCAGACUCUUUUGGAAUUUGGAUCAGACGUGAAUGCAAAGGACGAGGACGGAAGACAACCAAUUUUAUGGGCAGCUAGCGCCGGUAGCGUCGAAGCAGUUCUCGCCUUAACCAGAGCCGGUGGUUCAGCCGCUGCGGGCGCCUCUGAUAAGGACGGAUUGACGGCUCUGCAUUGCGCCGCCUCACGGGGUCACGCCAGGUGCGUGGAGGCUCUUGUUAAUUUGUGUGGUUCACAACCAGAUCACGUUGAUGAUAAUGGCUGUUCGGCCCUUCAUUAUGCUGCGACACUAGGUCAUGCGGAUGCCACUGCUUUGCUUUUGAGAUUAGGCGCUGACCCAAACAGACAGGAUCGAAAGGGCAGAACGCCAGCUUUGUGUGCAGCAGCGAAGGGACAAUUGGAAACACUGAAAAUAUUAUCAAUUCACGGCGGUUCUCUUCAUGCGAGAACAAUAAGAGGAACGGGAAUAGCUCACGAGGCAGUAGCUUCUGGUUGCGUUGAAUUGGUGAAAUGGUUGGGGAAAAAGCGCAAAGCUCUUCUCGACACUGUGACACAAGAUGGAAAAACGCCUCUUCACGUUGCUGCCCUCCAUGGCUAUUUGGACGUUUGUAAAGUACUUUUGGACAACGGAGUGAAAAUCAACGUUAUUUUAAAAACCAGUAAAGGUAGUUCAAUGACCGCCUUGGAUGCCGCUCUCUAUCGAGGAAAUCGCGAUUGUGCUAAAUUAAUUCAAAUGCACGGUGGAUCAACAGCCCAACAUUUAAGAUCACACAAAACUGCACCUUCCAAAGUCUUCGCUGCAAAACUACGAGUUAAAUGUCCCGAUUCGAGCACAGAAAGUGACAGCAGUCCUCGACGAAAGUCCCAUCGGCAUCGUGAUCCCGAUCUUUAUUACGAGGAGCGUUGGAUCGAGCGGCGAACACGCAGAAGAAAAGGCAAUUCACGUAAGCUCUCACGUAGGGACAGUCGAAGUUUCAGUGAAGAAGAACUUCGCCACUCGAAAACACAAUUCAAAAAAGAUCAGCAACGACGAGCUCUGAGCGAAUCGGCCCGUUACAACAACGAGAAUGAAACCGACGACGAUUCAUCGCCGUCAAGAAAACAAUACACAAGGCCAAAGAGAAGCAAACACGAAUACAGUGAAUCGUGGACAGAAUCAGAAACCGAGGACGAUAUUCUAUCAUCAAGUCGAAAAAGUACCAAAGAAACGAAAGGGGAAAAUUUCCAAGAAUCAUCACUAAGUGAUGACAGUCUCGAAGUCGUUAUUGUCAAAUCAAUAGAGAAAAAAUCCGAGAAAUUAAUAUCAGGCCGUAAAUCAAAGACUCCAAAAGAGAGUUACGAGGACAAGAAGAUAAUAAAAUCGAGAAAAAGUUGCAAGAAGCAUAAAACGAAAGACGAAACGGAAAAAAAGAAGAAAACGAAAACAGUCGAAAUUGACGAAUCGAGUGUUAAAAAAACGGAAAAAUCUGAAGAAGAAGAAGAAAAAGACGUGACUGACACAACGAGUCACGAAACUGUCGAAACUGUCACUGUCACUGCAAUGGUUCACAAAGAUCAAGCACCUGAUACUCCAAAAUUAAACGAAGAACCCGAAAGCAAAAAUAAAAAAUCCAAUUUAACCAAAACAGACCAAAUUCUCCAAGAGGCGGACAAAAUGCAAAAGGAACUAUCAAAAAAAGUCGAGGAAAUGGAAACAAAAUCUAACGAUUCACCAAAGAGUAUGGAACAAAUUUCCCAAUCCGAAGAAUCGGAAGAAGUUACCCAUUCCACUUCGGAAACGGAAAAAUCCCUGAAAAUCGAAAACGAAAAAAAAGAUAAAAUUCAAAAUUCCCCGAAAGAAGAAGAAGAAGAAGUCAAAAAACAAGACGAAGUGAAACAAGAAACAAAAAUCGAAUCAACAAAGAAAGAAAUUGAUUCUCACGAAGAAUCAAAAAAGAAAGAAAUUGAUUCCCCCGAAGAAUCCACCACGGAAUCGAAAUUAGAAGCAUCAAAAAAUGAUAAUCAAGAAAGUGCAAAAUCGAAAAAGUCAAAAACUCGUGACGAAUCUCAAGCAAAGAGUGACAGAAAACAAGGAACAAAGGAAGAAAGAAACGAAAAACGAAAAAGUGCAAAAUUAGAAAAAGAAACAGUUUCUCACUUACCGAUCAAAACGGAACCAAACACUUCGAGUACUCCAAUUCUUCCGGAGAAUAAUCAAUUCGAAAAAUCCCGAGGGAAGGAGGUUUCCUCGCCGGAAACAUCCAAAGCCGACAAGAAGCAAUCUGAAAUCAAAAGCGCAACAACAAAGGUAAAAACAGAAGAGAAAGAAAGUAAGGAUAAUCAGACAGAUAAUCAACGUUUUAUUGACGAAAGUUCGUCAAGUUCUCCAAGGUCUUCCAAAUUGUCGAUUAAAUCGAGACCAUCGACUGCCAAGUCCCGAAAAUCGUCUCCAAAAAGAAAAAAGGAGGACAAAAGAACAACGUUCUUCAAUGAAACGUCGGAAGAGCAAAAUUCUGAGGAUCAAAGUGCAAUUGUGGCUGUUAUCGAAAGUCCCGAGUGGGGAGAGGAUGAUGAAGAUGAUGAGGAGAUAAGAAAUGCAAUUGGUGAUGAUGAUGUUGAAAGAGAUACGGAAUUGGAAAUUGAUGAUGGAGUGGGAAUAAUAAGAGUUCUACCCAGUACAAGUGAGGAGGAGACUCCACGAAAUUUGGGAAUUAUGAAGAGACCUGGAACUGAUACUCUACCACAAGUUCUACGGGAACCUCAAGUUCGAUUGACAAGAUCGCAAAGUCCUCGGGAGGUGAGAAAAGAGAAGAUUCGUCAGAAACAGAGGAAGGACAGUGGAGGAAGAGACAGUGGAAUAGAGCCAAGUCCCAGAGUCUCUAGAAUUCCCCGAAGAAAUUUAAAAUGUUAUCCAAAUACAGAGAAACAACAAUCAAUUAAUAUGGAAACUAUAACAAGGGAUGUGCAAAUAAGUGUUCGACGUUAUUAUCUGGAGCGAAAGAUAUUUUUUCAAUUGAUGGAAUUAAAGAGGCUUCAGAUAAGACAUGGAAAAACGAACGAGCAUGUUUUAGUUAAACGACAAGUUGACAGUUUCAAUAAAGCGGGGAUGACUGGACCAACGCUUGGUGUAGUUAAAUAUGAAAAGCCAUUUACUUUCCGGGACUUUGAAUCGUUCUUGUACGAGCAACUAAGACGUCUUCAGAAAAGACCAGCGACUUCUGAAUGGUGCACAGAAGCAAAACAAUGCACACAAAAAACUCAUCGAUGUCAUCAUGCCACCAGUGCCUACACAUCAGUUCCAAUUUACACAUAUCUAUGUGGAGGCGUCCCAGAACAAGGGGCGAGUCUUCUUCCGAAGAUUGAAAGUCGAGGAAAGGGACAAAUGACGGUGGAGGUGUCGCACGGAGAAGAAAAACAGGUGAUUGCUCUUCCGGCUGAAAGACUGGAUCGCACGAAGAGAUAUUUUGUUACAUUCACGGUCAGGGGUGAAACGUUAGAAACAGAAAAACCUAAGCUGCCCAAUAGCGCACAAAGAAAUACAAAAAGUGUCUAAAAAAAAAUAAAAAUUAUAAUAUGCUUUGUAAACGAAAAAUUCCUCGUAAAUAUAAAAAUUAAAGAAUAAAAAAUUAUUUAAAAUAAAUAAAACUUUA